UGACGACGGUGAUAAACGGAUACGUAACGCGUUGUUGCAGCUCGCCGAGUCACAAUCAGUUGAACGAGAAACAUCAACAAAAGCAGACGCUGCUGAAAUGGAGGACGAAAAGCUAAUUGAACUUGUGCGGAAGUACGAAUUUUUGUACAAUCUGCAGCAUCCUAAAUAUAUGGAUGGCAAGAAAAAGAACACGGCUUGGGCAGAGAUUGCAGAACAACUGAAACAACCAGCUUCAUCGUGCAGACUAAAAUGGCAAGGUUUAAGAGAUUCAUACAGAAGAGCUCUCAAUAAAAAAAAACGAAAAACUGGACAGGCUGCUAAAAACAUUAAAAAAUGGAAAUAUGAAGAAGAAAUGUCAUUUGUUGUUCCUUUCUUCGUAGAAAGAAAAAGGCUAGAGUCCGCGCAGCUGACAAGCGACGAUGAACAACCGGAUGAAGGCGAUGAAGCUUCUCAAAUGAAGGAUGAUGUUACGACUGCGGUCCACGUGUCUCAAAUCAAGGAAGAAAUAAUCAGUACUAACGCUGAUGCUGUGAAUGAUACUGGUUCUGACCUAUCCAUUAUGAAUAGCGAAGUUCGUGACCAAGAUAUGCGAGGACAGACGACUGCAUCUGCAGUGUUGAUCAAAUUAUUAGAAAGUCAAAAUAACCUUGCACCACGGGAUCACGUUGAACUGGAUCACUUUUUUUUAAGUAUUUCAGGAACAGUUAAAAAAUUUUCUCCUUACUUACAAGCUGUUGCGAAAAAUAAGGUAUUUGGUUUAGUUUCUGAGAUGGAAUUACAGCAGCUUGCCCCACCUACUACAUGCACUUCAUCUCGACACGAAUCCACAAGUACUUGAUCUGAAUUGAGCUCUACGCCUAUGCCAACGUCUCCUCAGUGGAAUAUGUAUAAAGAAGAUCCUUGGAAUGCAAAUAAUAUGUAAUGAACCUUAUUUUGAUUAAAAAUUAAAUAAG